GAGAUAAACACAGGACUUUUCUCCACGGGUCGAGGCCCAAAAGUGCCACCUUCCAGCAUUACUAGAUCCCUGCGGUAGCUACGGUCAUCUGGACUUGCCAUUAUCCGAGGGAGUAGACAUACCAUCCUUGCUUGGUUGGCCUUUUCCUGGCAGAUAUCUCCCCCGUCGGUGCAAAUGUAUUUCGUCCGUGAGCCAUGAAUACAUUACAUGCAAAAAUAGAAAACAUUUGCAGGCUCUGUUUGUCCGGCAAUGACACUUUGGAGUCUAUUUUUGGUGAUAGUGGAAGCGAUGCGCUUCAGACGAUAAUCUACGACUGUACAUCGAUUAGGAUUCAACCUAAAAUGGGCUUCCCUUCUUCAAUUUGUACUGCGUGUAAAACAAAGAUCGAAAAUUUUCAUCAUUUCCGCGAGCGGUGCCUACACAACGAUGAAUACCUCCGAUCAACGGUGCUAUUAAUGAUCCAAAAGCAAGACCAUGGGGAAGAAAAUGUUGAACACAACGAGGAAGGAGACGAGGAUGAAGAGGAUGUGAAUAUUAAGCUAGAGCCAGAGGUAUUGUUGGACGAGCAUAGCGAUGUCGAUCCUAAAGAUGAUGAGGAGAAAGAGGACGAGAUGAUCGUCGACAGGAAUGAUAACAAAAUCGAUCGUCAUGCCUUGGGAGAAUCGAAUGGAAUUGACGAACCACAUGAGGUCGAUUCCAACGAUCAUGAGCUAGAUGAGUGGGAUGAAACGGGCUCGAAUGAUCUUGAUUCGCUUGAAAACUCGGAAUCCUCGGAAUCUUACAGUAUUCAGCAAGAACUGUUCAUGUCCCCAGAGCUAACGUACGGUUCCUUGCUGAAGUGUGAGUACUGCUCGCUGGAAUUCGCAGUCCUUGAGCAACUGAAGCGACAUAUAACUAGCCACAAAGAGGAACGAAUAUUUCAGUGCUACUACUGCCCAAAGACGUUCCACUUUGCGAAAAAUCUUAACAUGCACGUUGAGUACAUUCAUUCGAAAGCAAAGUACACACCGACACAUACGACGAAGACGAUCGCAAGGCAACAGUUUCUAGUCCAUAGCAGUAGCAGUAACAAUAGCAGCGUUAGUCAGAGCACCAAUGGGGGUCUCAGUCCAUUAUCGCCUCUACUAGAUACUAGCGAUUGCAUAAAUAACAAUACCAUCCCGAGCAGUCCCGGUAUAGAUGUCGGCGCUGGCUUAAGCCUUAAUAUAAAUUUGAACGGAAGUUCAGCAAGUGCCAAUGGAGCGGUUUUGGGGCGUAAUGUUAAGGCGAUACGAUUACCCAUUGCAGGAUCAGCGGUUGAAGCACGUCGUGGAUCGAUAGCUCAGCCUAUCGGCUUGACCGGGCAGCAUGAGUGCCACGUGUGUCACAAAGGUUUUCCAGAAUCGUCUGCCCUGCGACAGCACAUGAUUACGCACACGGGCGAAAAACCGUACAAAUGUGAUAUCUGCUCGAAGUCGUUCUACAACGCCAGUACGCUCAAAACACAUCAACGUAUUCAUAGCGAUCAGAAUCCGUACCGCUGUACGACUUGUACGAAAAUGUUUGAUAAUGCACGUAGCCUUGAAUUGCAUCAUCGCACGCAUACGGGAGAAAAACCAUACGCGUGCGAUGUAUGUCUCAAGAAAUUUUCGUGUUCGUCUAACUUGAAGCGCCAUCGGAAACUGCACGAUCGUGACUGAACGUAGGUAAAGGAGCGAUGCACGCAAAAUGAGUGAAAAUCGAAGGCGACAAACGAUAUCAGCAACAAACGACCAUGGUGUGCUCUUAACUGAUUGGGCACAGCAAGGAAAAACUAUUGUUAACAAAGUGCCAGAACGGCGAUCAUCGCAUAACGAUUACGAAGGAUUUAGCAACCUAGUUGUACGAGCUUUAUGUAGCGUAACACCUGAACAAGGAAGGAUGUAAAUAGUUUGCUUCAAGCAACCUUACCUUGGCGCUUUCCAGAACAGUAGCAUUGAAUCUCAGCAUAAUUAAAUGCGAAGAUGUGGCCGUCGCAAAAUUGACUGUGCAUUUAUAAACCAGUAACGAUUGUUUCAACACACGCAAGACUACAAAUAAUAACAAAGCGCUUCCUAAAUUUCGAGCAGCAAACUGUUGACGAAAGAUUGAUAUAGAGAGGUAAAGAGAGAACGAAGUAUGCUUGCAAACUGUUAUUGUUAACAUUGUUGUGAAGUGGAUCAUAUAUGGUUCCAUUUAGAGAAUGAAUAGCUGAUCGCCUUUGGAUUGAAUUCUGCGUUCUUCCUGCUCAAUGUACAUAACAAAUCGACACUAUUGAUACGCAGUGGAUUUCGCAAGUUGCGUAAAAUAACUAAAACCCAGCUAGGUAAAUGCCAAAUCGAACGCAUUACGACUAACUUAAAAGCAUAAACGAUGAAAGAGUCACGAAGAGAAUUGUUAAAGUUGAUUGUUACUAAUCGAAACAUAUGUAUUUUGAGGAUAUACCGAGCUUUGAAGUAUAGCAAGCGACGCUAAACGAACUUCUGUUAACCUUUACUAAUCGCGAUAGUUCCUGCGCAGCCAAAAAAGGGAAAAGAUGGUGACCACUGACAUAUAAAGAAAUGUUGGCAGCUUUAAGCAAGAAGUACGAGAUACGCCAACUUGUAUUUGAGCUUUAUGUUCGUUGUUUGUGAUUACUAUUAAUUAUUUAAGCAUAAUAUGUAUAUGAUUUUUGUUGUUCCUAAACCCUCCUUCUGCAAUACGCAUAUUACAACGAAGACUAAAGCUAUAAAUCAAGCAAAACUGUCUAAGAGGGAUCGAUGCAUUUUUAAACGUUUGCCAUAGAAAAUAUUUAAAUUUUGGAAGAACACAAGAAUACACAAGAAGCAGAUGAUAAGGUGUGGAAAAUCUCUGUUCUAGUCAAUUCCCAAACACGAUUGGUAGCAAAACAAAAGUCAAUAACGAAAUAGAGCCAAUGCCUUUUACAGUCAGUAAAGCCGGAAUUUGUUUGAUAUGUUAUACUGUUUAAUUUUAUUAAAUGUGAUUAUAUUUUUCUUUCAAAUUUUUAAACUAUGCGCCAGCAUUGCAGUGCAUGGUGCGCAACAAUCAACCAUAAAACGCGCAACAGUGAUCUGAUGCUAGUGUGUUGCAAUGGUGCAUAUUAAAUAAAAUGAAUUCUAUGGAAUGAAAUA